CGUGCUACUCCGUCUGCAAAACACAACACUACAGACACACAGCUAAAUAGCACACUACAACCUUUUAUUUCUGCUCAUAAUAGGGUCAAGGGGGGUGAAAAAUGCACUAAUUUGCCGCACGCUGAACACUUUUUUCAUUAUACAUAGUGGCGGCGAAAGCUCACAAAUGCUCACACAAUUACAUCAACUAUCUUUAGUUUUUUCCCACGCACACCUUCUGGCCAAAGCGAAGUUCAUAGUGGAGAGAAAGUGAAUUUGGGAAAAUUGGUGAAAGCUUGUGAGACAGUAACCGUGAAGGGGGGCUUUUUGCGGCGAGCUAAAACGUCAAGUGAAAGGAAAAGAGUUUCGCCGCCGGAAGGAGGGAAAAGUUCAUUUGAGGAGAGAUUAUAACUGAAAAAAUAUUGAACAAAGAGGAAACACUUCUUGUCACAUUCAAUGGCAUCCACAGCGCUGAGUAAUCACACCAGCAACUUCAUCACACCAUCGCCGGAGGGCAUAGAGAAGGCCACCAUCAGCUCUUUUGAUGACUUCGCCAAGAGUCGCAGCAGAUCCACACGAGCCGCCAGCCUAGCUCUGCCCAAUAACUCCAAUCUGCUGGAUCUCCUGGACGCGGAGCAUCCCGCUUACCUCUCGCCCGUCAAUCUCUCACCCACUUCCGCCCUUCGCCGCCACUCCACGCACCACUGUCCGCCCAACGUGGAGCAGCCGGUCGUGGAAGUCAGUCCUGUGGUGAACACCAAAAUUCUGCCUCUUGUUCCACCGCCAGUGCCGAAGAGAACAUUUCAGGGGAAAUUGGGAACGAAUCAGGUGCGACUUGGUGAGAAGUCGCCUGUGGAUUUUUUUAAGAUGCAACCCAAUCAAGACACUCCAAUGGUGUUGGACAAUGAGGAUCGACUCAGCAUUGAUUCCUCAUCGUCGGUCUUUGAAGAGAAUAUUUCUGAAUUUGCCACCUUUGACGCCGCCAAGUCCUUCUUCCACAACUCCAAUCGCUCCUCGUCGGACUCCAACAAGAGUCAGACCACCAUUGACACUGGCUACAUGUCAUCGGCCACUCAUCAGUCGUUCAGGAGUCGAUUCUCAUCGGAGGACACUCAAUCGUCGAUCGAUAGCUAUAUGUCGGGCGAGGCGCAGCGCUCUGAAGGAUUUCCAUCACCACCGCCAGCUGACAAUCGCAUUUUCAAUCGCAUCGCCGACAAGGACACGGGCAGGUACCACAAGAACACGGCCAAGAAUGCGGAGAACUGUCGCAGACAACUUCCGGCGGUGCCGCAGAGAUGGCAUCAAGCUGUGCCACCGAAACUCCCACCGCCCAGUGGCGGAGGGAGUGCGGCCACGCGAACACGAGGCACGCCACCGGCUCCUCCCUUGCGCUCCCAAGCCUCCCUGGACUCCGCGAAGCUGCUGCACAACAGUCAGGUGCUGGGCAUGAGGAAGGGACUGAAUAAACCGCCGCCUCUCGCCAAGAUCACCCAUCGACAAGACUCCAGCAUAAGUAGCGACAGCUUUUCCGUCACCUCCAGUCCGGGAUACAAUGUGAAGAGCAUGGAGACGCCACUUCUGCAUCACACCGCGAAGAUCGGACGCUCCAGCAUGGUGAAGAUGCCGCAGGGCGACUCGGGUCCGGACAGCUUCAACAUGACCACGCGCAAUCAGAAGUCCAUCAACGUGCGACAGGACUCGAAUGUGUCCAGUGACAGCUUUAGUCAGACUUCCAGUCCUGGGUAUUCCUCGAAGCUCCUCGACACACCCUUGCUGACGAACCACAAGAUCAAUGCAUUGAAGCAAAAUUUCAAAGGCACUGAUGAGAUUCUCCACGAAGGCGCAGAUAACAAUCCCAGCUCGCCGAUUACCAAGAGUGCGUCGACCCCGGCAAGUCUUCAGACAAUUGUACGCUUCCAGAAUGGCUCCAACAUGUCUCUUCAGCACAAAAUUAUUAACAGGAGAAAGAACUCAGCCCCGUACAACCUUCGAGGCCCCUUUCGGUUUCGCCUGCUCCAGAUUCUGCUGAACGCCGUGGCGCUCCUGGCAAUUGCUGGCGGCCUGGCGGCCUACUUCAACGCCUAUCCCACUGUGAAGUUCAUCAAUAAGACCAUCAUCACGCCGACAAGAGUGGACACAGUGUUCGAUGUUGAGGAGUCCACGAGUGUGGCGGGUGGGAAGAAUCCAGCGCCCGGAGUGUGUCUCCCCGUCAUCGUGAAGUUCUGCCAGAACCACCAACUCCCCUACAAUUUCACUGUCUUUCCCAAUUACAUCGGACACUUUGGACAGCCCGAGGCGCAAGUUGAAUUGGAUGCGUACGAUGCUCUGGUGGAUGUUAGAUGCUACGAAUUGGUCUCCCUGCUCCUGUGCUCCCUCUUUGUGCCAAAGUGCAGCUCCACGGGCACCACUGUGCCGCCUUGUCGGAGUCUCUGUACGGAAACUAUGCGACGCUGUGGCUUCUUCUUCGAAGUGUUCGGCCUGGAGUUGCCGGAGUACAUAAAAUGCCACCUCUUCACCGAAUCCUCCAAUCCGGAUGAGUGUGUGGGCUCUCGCGAGGUGCAGGAGGCAAAGAUUCGCGCCCAAAAUCCCUCCUGCUCGGGCUUCAUGUGCGACAAGAAGCGCUGUAUCCCAGCCGAGUGGAAGUGCGACGGACACGUGGACUGCAAUGACCAGACAGAUGAGUCGGACUGUCCGUUCUGCCCGGAAGGAUCCAUUUAUUGUGGCGAGAGAAGGUGCAUGAGCCAGAAGCAUGUCUGCGAUGGGAUUCAGGAUUGUCCGUACGGACAGGACGAGAGGAAUUGCAUUCGCUUGAGUGAACGGAAUGGAGAUCUGGGACGAGGAACGCUGGAGGUUUACAGGGCGAAUGUGAAGAAAUGGGCACCAGCUUGCAUCUCCAACUGGGAUCCGUCAACCUCGCCAACCACCGUCUGCUCAAUGCUGGGCUACAGCUCUGUAAACUCCAGUCGCUUGAAGAUGAUCGGCACCAACAUCACCAUGGUCACGCCGACCAAGGACACGCCCGCCAUGUGGCGGAUGUACCAGAAGCGCCAGACGAACCUCAUGAAGGAGUUCACCAACUGUCCCAGCUCAAUGUAUCCGGUGGUGGAGCUCACGUGCUCCAACUUUGAGUGUGGCAAAAUCAAAAGGCGCCGGAGCGCCAAGACACGCAUUGUCGGCGGCACGCAGAGCUCUCCUGGCGAUUGGCCCUUCCUGGCCGCCAUUCUGGGUGGUCCUGAGGAGAUUUUCUACUGCGCCGGUGUUCUCAUCUCCGAUCAGUGGGUCCUCACGGCGUCUCACUGUGUGGGAAACAUCACCAACCGCAAGAUAAACGACUGGACCAUUCAACUGGGGAUGACCCGUCGCCACAGUCACACCUACUAUGGGCAGAAAGUGAAAGUGCGAAGGGUGAUUCCUCAUCCACUCUACAACUCCUUCGUGGCCCAUGACAAUGACAUCGCCCUGUUUCAGCUUAGCACACGCGUGGCCUUCCACGAGCAUCUCUUGCCCGUCUGCCUGCCACCGCCGCUCAAGGAGAUUAAGCCAGGCACCCACUGCACGGUGAUUGGAUGGGGCAAGAAGGAGGACAAGAACACGCAAGAAUUCUCCGCCGGGUCGUCCUUCUCCGCCUCAUACGAGCCGGCCGUCAAUGAGGUGUCCGUUCCCGUGCUCAAUCGAGAUCUGUGCAACGAGUGGCUGGAGAUGCUGAACGUCACCGAGGGGAUGAUCUGUGCUGGCUACCAGGAGGGCGGAAAGGACGCUUGCCAGGGAGACAGCGGCGGUCCUCUCCUCUGUCGCGACACCACGGACAGAGAUCGCUGGUUCGUGGGCGGAAUUGUGUCCUGGGGCAUCAUGUGCGCCCACCCAAAGCUGCCCGGUGUCUAUGCCAACGUUCCGCGCUACAUUCCCUGGAUAAUGCAACAGAUUCACAAGUACUCCUCCGGAUCUCACUUCACUUAGAAUCUACUUCCCGCACCCCUCCCACUUCACUGACCCUAGCCGACCACCCCCAACGCUCAUAUCAAAGCCUGAAACCCUUUCCACCUUCAAGACAUAUCUUUUCUCAAGAAGAUCUUCCAUUGGACAUGGAAGAGCCGUAUUUUUCUAUUCCACGACGAGAGAUGAAUAAACGUGUUUGAAGUUUGUUCGGGUAAUUGAUACAUUUUUGUGCAGAGGAAGAGAGAGAGAAGAAUUAUAUCACGCAAGACAGGAUUUUUUUUAAUAAUAUAUAAAAAGAGAAAAAGAAUAUUGAGAAACUUGGACAAUAAUGAGAAUUUUCUUAGAAAAAUUAUCACUUAAGAGACAAGUUUAGUGUUUAAAAUAGGUAAAAAUGGAAGAUGUGGAGUUGAUUUUAUUUCCUGAAUGAAAAAUUGAGAUAAUAAUUUAGUGUCCUUGAUGUCAGACAAUACAUAUAAAACUUAUGCAUAUUGCUGAGAAAAGGUGUAUUUACCAGAUAUAAAGAAACAUAGAGAAUAUCUGUUUCCUAGUUGUAAUGAGAAAUAUAUAAAUAUAUAUAUAUAUAUAUAGUGUUUAAAGGAAAAACCUAAGCCUCUAAUGCUCAUUCUCUGCAGUGGGAAUGACUAAGUGUUUGACACUAGAAUUAAGAGAUAUGAGAGAAAAACUUGCUUCUUAUGACAUUUAACAAAAAAAAGAAAGAAAGAAACCACAUAAAAAUAUUUAAUGAUAUUCUUGCUAUCAUGUAUUUUUAGGAUGAUUGACUAUUUUGGAAUGUUGGACCUCCUUUUGCCUCAGUCAAUCCAACAUAAACUCUUCGUUUAGCCCUUGUCGAGAGAGUCAUCCGAUAAGAUAACUUGUAAUUAAUGAAAUAUCCUUUAAGGAGUUGUGAGACAAAAUAUACACUUUUGUGUAGACAAAGACAUAUUGACAAUAAAAUGGAAUGGUGAAAUUGU